AGAAUGACGCCGGAAGGAGCCAAUGUGCCGGCGCGGCUGCUGCGGAGGGUGGGCCAGACCGGUCGGUGAGCUGCGGGUGUUGGCUGCAGUUCCUCAGGCUUAGAAUGGAAAGAGUGAAUACGUUGAGAUUGUCUGGCCAUGGGAAGGAGAAGAUGCCUGCUCCAAGUGUGCCAGUGCUGGCAGCAAGAUCACUGGAUCUCUUCUCUUCCAGGAGACAUGGAGGUCUAUUUGUGGUUGGAGCUACCUGACUAGAUAAAGUAUAGAUCAGUCUGCUGUGAAAGUAACUCACAUGAAGAAGACUGCCUGAUGGUUUAGUUUGCUUUGAAUGUAUCAUGUCAUCAGAUAAGCCUUUUCAGAAAAUUAAAAAGCAAAACCAGUAUUUUCUUGUUUCUGGGUUUUGUUCGGAAUUUUUUUGUCCCCUGUGAAUUCAAGUGGGCCAUUAUCUGUUGCUGAUUUUAGCUGGAAUUGAGGAAGCAAAAUCCUGGAGUACAAAAAAUUGGAAUGUUUCUUUAAGCUUUAAAAUAGGCAGUCUUGACUCAGAUUUGCAGUAAGGGCAGUUUAUGCAUCUGCAAUAUAUAACUAGCUCUUUAAAUAGGUCUAAAUAAAAUAUACUCAUGUUUAAAGUUUCUUUAUAUUGACUAAGUGGAAUAAAAUAUUUUCAUUGUAAAAAAUAGUUCAAACCAAUUUACUAUAGAAAAAAAGCACACUUCAGUGUAGGGAUUUUUGCCAGAAAAAAACUUGGCUGCUGAAAGGGAGAUGGAAAUUUAAAUGUGUUCUAAAGCCAGUUAAUUUAUGACACUGUAAGUGAAACUCAAGAGUGGGCAAACAUAAAACUUCCUAACUGGACUAAAGGUACAUGACAAAAUCAGUUUCAAUUGAUUAAACAUUCGAUGGUGUACAGUCACCAAACUGUCUCUACAUGACCGUGUUUGGUAAGUCCCAGCAAUCCUGUUUUUCAGCCAGGCUGUUGGUGUUGUUUGUAUUCCAUUAUUGCAGUCCAGAGUCCCUCAUGGGAAUCCACUUAGGAUGCACUCUAAUAGCCCGUGUCUCCCUUCCACUACAAGAUGUAGAGCGAUCAGCCUUUUGGAAUGUAAAAUAUGUAACAAAGUUUUCUUUUUUAUCUUAAUUUUACAUAAAAUUUUAAGAAUUUGGGGGUUUUUGAGGGUAAGCCUAGGACUAGUCUUUCUCUUAAAUGACAAUUAAACACACUCCUUGAUGUGCUGUGGACUUUACUGAAAAAAUUCCUACAGGUGGGUAUUAUCUGAAGAAUUGUUCUCUGAUAUAUGGCAGAUAAUUUACUUUACAAAAUUUGCCAUGUGAAUGUAUUUUACACAGUAGUAGUGUCAAAUUGAGUGUAAAAGUCACUUGUAACACAAAUUUCUAACUGUGCAUGUGAUACACAAACUAAAUUCAAUGCUGGGAACUUCUUUGUGGUGUAUUGAUUUUGUUUGGCUUUUUUAAUUAAUAAGACUGUAGAAUCAAUUACUUAUUUUUCCAUUUCAGGAAUAGAUUGAAGAAAACAUGGCCAAUCAACGGGAUUACAUUAGCAGACCUAUUUGCAACGGAAUUUCUGUUCCUGAAAAUAAAAUCAAUUCCUUAGUGGCUGAAGGUCACGGACAACAAAUUCUAAAAGUACUACAAAAGUUCAGAGAACAAAAUAUAUUUUUUGAUUUUAAAAUUCGUGUGAAAGAUGAAAUAAUUCCCUGUCAUCGUUGUGUACUGGCUGCAUGCAGUGAUUUUUUCAGAGCCAUGUUUGAAGUUAAUAUGAAAGAACGGGAUGAUGGCAAUGUUACUAUUAGUAAUCUAUCACCCAAGGCAGUGAAAGCUUUUCUUGAUUAUGCUUACACAGGAAAAACAGAGAUAACCAAUGAUAAUGUGGAAAUGCUCUUCCAACUGUCAUCAUUUCUUCAAGUUUCACUCCUUUCCAAAGCUUGCAGUGACUUCCUAAUAAAAAGUAUUGAUCUUGUGAAUUGCUUACAGUUGCUUUCUCUAUCAGAAAGUUAUGGGUCUGUCCGCUUGUUUGAUCAUGCACUAGAUUAUGUACAACACCACUUUUCGUUGCUGCUCAGAUCAAGUGACUUCUUGGAGAUGAAUUUUGAGAUAUUACAAAAAUGUCUCGAGGCUGAUGAACUAAAUGUCCCUGAGGAAGAAUCAGUGUUGAAAGCUGUCCUCCAAUGGACCAAACACAACUUAGAAACACGGCAGAAAUACCUGCCUAAUUUGAUGAAAAAAGUGAGAUUACACCAGUUACCUGAAAAGACUUUGCAAGACUUUCUGCAUUCUGAAGAACAUUUACUUAAGAAUGCUAAUUGCUUGGUAAUAAUCAAUGAUGCAGUUCAAAGUGUGCAGAACUUCAGUGGAUUGUUUCCAGAUGCACGUCCUUCAACAACAGAAAAAUACAUAUUUGUUCAUAAAACUGAUGAAGAUGGAGAAAACAGACAUACAUUCUGCUACAACAUCAAAACAGAUAAAUGGAAAGAGCUACCACAUACUCAUAUGAUUGAUCUGCCAGGGUCAAGUUUGUCUAGCUAUGGAGAAAAAAUAUUUAUAACUGGAGGAUGCAAGGGUAAUUGCUACAGAACUGUCAGGCUUCAUAUUGCUGAGCCGUUUCAUGAUGCCACUGACCAAACCUGGUGCUACUGUCCAGUCAGCAAUGAAUUCUCCAUAGUGUCAGCUAUGAAAAAACCGAGGACAAUGCACACAUCUGUUGUAACCUUAAAUCAGCUCUUUGUAAUAGGUGGAAAGACCAGAGGAGCUCAAGAAACUCGGAGUCUUUUGGAUGUAGAAUCCUAUAACCCUCUUUCCAAAGACUGGAAAUCUGUAAGCCAGUUACCAAGAGGUAUCUACUAUCCAGAAGCAAGUGCAUGCCAGAAUAUAAUUUAUGUCCUUGGCUCAGAAGUAGAGAUUACUGAUGCCUUUAAUCCAUCCCUUGACUGUUUCUUUAAGUAUAAUGCUGUGACUGAUCAAUGGUCUGAGCUUGUAGCAGAAUUUGGGCAGUUUUUCCAUGCAACUCUAAUCAAAGCUGUUCCAGUGAACUGUACAUUGUACAUAUGUGAUCUCUCCACCUACAAGGUUUACAGUUUUUGCCCAGAAACCUGUGUUUGGAAAGGAGAAGGGUCUUUUGAGUGUGCUGGCUUUAAUGCAGGGGCAGUUGGGACAGAAGACAAAAUUUAUAUACUAGGUGGUGAUUAUGCUCCAGAAGAAAUCACAGAUGAAGUUCAAGUCUACCACAGUAGCAGGUCUGAGUGGGAAGAAGUUUCACCAAUGCCAAGAGCCUUAACUGAGUUUUACUGUCAGGUCAUUCAGUUUAAUAGAUAUAGGGACCCCUGGUCACCUGUACUGACAAUUUGCUCUGGAGAAUUUUGAAACUCCCAAGUCAAAAAAGUCUAUUUAAAUGCACAAAUUGUAAAACAGUUUUUAAGUAUUAGUUUACAGAUGAAGAAAUAUGUACUUGUUUGUUUAAAUUUUCAGUUCAGAUUAAAUGCUGUAGGAUUGCUUUUGGAAGACUCCAUGAAAAUGUAAUUCGUGCUAGUCAUUACAUAGCCAGUAUUCUAUAUUUAAUUUUAUAUACAACUCUUCUAUGUAAUUAUCAGAAUAAUUUUCUAAAUUAUAUUAAUUUUCCAAAAAGAAUAUUCAUGAGGAAUUAGUUGUGUAGUAUGUGUCAUUAUUUCCAUAAUAUUCAGUUGUCCCAACAGACAAAUUGCUAAAUGAGAAAACUGACUGUGAUACUGUUUUCCCUAUGUAACUGAAGUUUAAAAGACAUUUUUGUUAGUGUUAUUUAGAUUUUCUAUGUUCAUAAACCUGUAAGAGGAAUUCAUUGUCAACUUUAUCUUAUCACAAUGACUUUAGCAAGGACAAGAGCCAAAGUGACCUUCACAGUAUUAAAACCAGGUAUGUAAUUUGAAGAGACUGAUAAUUCCUGUCAUCUUACUUCAGCUCUUCAGUUUUACCAGUUUUUCUCCAUCCUUGUGCCUUAGUAGUAGCUUUAUUUUGUGUUUCCAUCGCAUUAACUGUGGCAAGGUAAAUUUCAAUAACAUACUGCAGGGUAAGUAAGAUUUAUACAGGACAGAUACUUCAUGUGAUACCUUUGCAUCAGUCAUACGUUUUCUUCAACUGAAGAAAAAACACUUCAGGAUGUUUUCUAACAGAAGUCUUCAUCUCUGAAGUCUUCAGUGCUACCUAUUAAGCAGUCACUAGGCUGCUUAUAGCAGCAAGCUGUAAACUGAAUCAUAGCUGUUGCUUCCGUUAACUAUGGGAAAAGUUUGUAUCUUGUCAUACAUCACAUACAAAGUUACAAACCUACACCUCCAUAUUAAAAGUCAAUAGUAAAUAGUAUUUCUGAGGUCAUCAAUCAUCUCCUGUGGUUGAAAUUAAUUAAAACACUUUAUCUUGAACUUCAUUGUAUUUUUAGAUGUUAAAAUAUUACAUAGCAAACACUACACAAUAUAUUGCUUGAUAAACUUUAAGUAGUCAGCUAUGAUAAUAUUAAAAUUGGAAUGGACUUUUAGUGCUAAUAUUAGUCUAGCUAUACGUUCUGAAGUAAAUUUGAUCUCAUGCUUACAAAGUCAGUCUUCUUUCUGACAGGAGGACACUGAAACCAGCUAGGUUUCAUAAAUUAAUUUGUAAUCUUCCACAGCCUGAGAAUUUCCUUUCUUACCAGGUAUGCAGAUAAGACACUGAGAGCCCUUAUGUUCCAUAUAAGUAUUGUGAAAGCAGUAAGGUUGUCUUUUGCCACACAGAAUAAUAGUUCUAAACAUUUAAUCACAUCUUGUCAAGUAGUUUAAAUAAUGAAUAAAAUUUAGUGAGGCAUCAGAGACAUCUUUCAUAUGUCUUGAGACAACUGGUAAGUUCAUUGUCCCAUCACUACUGCAUGUACUUUUUGCAAAACCCAAGCUGAAUAUUAAUGCUUAGAGCUUAAUAUUGCCUAGAACAGGCUUCUGUUUUAAACAGUAAACAAUGGAAGGUUCCAAUUCUGUGACCGUCUCUAUAAUUUGUUAUCAGAUAUCUUUACAAAUUUAGAUAAUAUUCAUCAUAAUAAUUUUCAUAAGUAUGUAAAAUAAAAUCAUGUACAUUUGGAGAAGAUGUUACUAGAGCAAGACCUUUCAGUAAUUUCUGUAUAUUAAUAUGCAUAUCAGUUAUGUAGAAGUAAAUAGCUUGCUACAGUAUUUCAGGCAACUUCCACUUUUUUUUUUCCAUAAUAAGACUCCAAAUCAUAUUUUAACUAAACGUAGCUAGGUAACCUUUACAAUCACCUUGCAAAAAUGCAAGUACUUUUAUAUGGGGACACAACUACUUUUUGUUAGUGCAAAGCAAAUGUAUUGAGUAGAGAGAGGAAGAAUACUAUUCCUCUUACUGAAACAAUAGGAAAAAAACAAACACAUAGGAAAAUGGUAGUUUUAGUUUUAAUGAAGCUACUCAGGGUAGCAUAGAGACUUCAUUAACCAUUAAUUAUGGCAACUUGUCACAUCAUUGAAAUAUGAGGCCCAGUUCACCUUUGCUUGUGUAUUUGUGUUGUGCUUAUACCUGAGUAUAUGAGUAUGCAAUUUAUGCAUUGAGAAAAGUAACAUGCCCAUAGUACAUGGGUAUAAACAGCUAUGCAAAUUGGAAGAUACCAGAGAAUUGCAAGGGUGUUUUAAUUGCCACUGUCAGGACCAAAUUGUUGGGUUACAUAAACAGCAAGCGAGUCAUGGAGGUGAUGCUCUUUCCUCUAAGUUUUUCCCUACCGCUGAUUUUUUGGCAGUCUUCCACCCAGCUACUUGCUAUAAGACUCUGGCAUCUGACAUCAGAUAGAGCAAUGACGUAUGUGAGAAAUUCCUCACUAUACAGUGAAAACUGACUGAAGCUGAAUUGGGAAAAUGGACAUGCUUCUUUAGUAUUUUACACUAUAUUUGUGCAGGAUCUAAUGUCAGUUCCCAGUCUGACAAAUCAUUCAUGGAUUUCACAGGGAGUUGAGCUCUUACUCAGUGAUCAGGAAAUAAUGUAGUAAUGUCAGUUACUUUCUAGCUUUACUUACACAAAAGUUACUGUGAAAUGGUACUGAUUUUCUGCAGUUAGGCAGGUAAGCCUCUACUACAGCUCUCACGAAGGAAAAUGGAUCAUUUGCCACAUCUUCACAUACAAAGUAUUAAAUCUGGUAGCAGAACUGAAUGCAGAAGAAGCAGAAGUGUUAGAAAGUCAUGGUUAAAAAGGCUUUAUGAUAGAAGAAAGGACCUAUGUUGCGAACCGUGUUAUUAAUUGCUAAAGAUGUAAGAAUUCUCAGUGAACUACACAAAAGAGUAUGAAUUACUUGCAUGAGUAACUGUUGUAGUCUGGAUCAAACAGAUUUUUCAGUCUACAGAGCAUUUAUGCAUUUAAAAACAAAAGUCACAAAAUUAAUGCAAAGUGAGUUUUUUAAUAUCUUUUAUGACUUUUCAAAGCUCUUUGAAUCAAAGCUUUAUGAAAAAGUACCUUCCUCUAAAAAUAGCAACUAGAUUAAUGAUUACGUAUGUUCUCACUGAAAUACAGUGAUGUUUAAACAUACAAAAUGCAUGUAAAAUUAUAAUCUACUAUUUGCACUUAAAUGAUGUAACCAAAACAUUUCUAAUAGUAUUCUAUUUUAUGUCACAGAAUACAUUAUAAGCAUGACCAGUAUAAUAUACACAAAGAUAAUAUAUAUUGUAUGUAGGAUUUUAAUAUCCAGUGAUGAUUAUAUUGGAUAAUUUCAACUUUUAAAGAAUGCUAUCAAAACAUUAUGGCACUUUGGUAAUAUUAUCAUACUGGUUUAGUUGUUACAAUAAAUAUCACUUAUUUAGGUCUUUAUUGAUUAUGUUUGCACAAACCUGAUGAUUAUUAUUUAAGGACUAAUUAAUUUGUUUCAUAUAGUCUAAGUACAUUUGUAGUAAGUUUACUGCUGUUAAAAAUUCAUUAUAUUCACAAAAUGGGGUGCAUUUUCUGGGUCAGAUUUAUUCAUGUAUUAUUCUGUGAUAAACGGUUUUCUAACUGUUUAGCUGCUCUGGUUAGUAUAGGGUAGUAGGUAAGGUAUAGCUAUAGAGUGUGCUGACUGCAGUUCCUAAUGCGGAGGUUAAUUUUAGAUGUUUCUGUUUGUAGGUGACCAACAGGAGGCAGCAUAAGAUCUAUUUUAAUUAAAAUAGACUGAAAACAGGGAUGUAUUUGACAAUAUUUAUAGUUGAACAUUAUGCUCAAUUUACUUUUUUCCUUCUAACACCCAGUAAAGCAUAGAGAACAGUAACAUUUCGCUGCUGCCUGGACUCUGCUGAUAUGUGGAAAGUACAAUACUUCACAAUUGCUGAGAUGUUCAUUCUUUUGUGAAAUAAAGCACUGAGCAACUGAA